AUGACAAUGAUCCUAAAGAAAAAUGAACAACACUUUUACCAAGAUGGUGAUUGUGAAUUAAAAGUGGAAAACAUUUUAUUCAGAGUUCACAAGAAUAUAUUGGUGCUGUCGUCAGCAUUUUUCAGCGGAAUGUUUUCAACAGCCCAACCAUCAAAAGAUGAAUUAAUCACUGUUGGUGGGGGGAGCUCUGGUAACAGCCUAUCAACAAUAGUAAGAAUAGAUUUAAGGGAUGAUGCAUCAGAUGAUAUUGAAAAAUUAUUAUCAUUUCUUUACCCAAAUACAUUUUUUGAAAUAUCAUGGGCGGAUGUGGCAAAUUUGUUACGCCUAGCAGAUAAGUAUAUUGUUGACACAUUGAAUUCGGGCUGUGUGUCUUUUUUGAAAAGAUCUUAUGAGGAUGAACCAUUAAAGGCAUUAAAAUUAGCAGAAAUAUAUAUGAUAGAUUCAGUUUAUAAAGAAUCGUCAAAACUGGUCAUAGAUAAAUUUGAACAAUUCUUUUAUGAUGGACCUGUGCUCAACAAUAAUCUACAAGGAUUAUCCAGGAGAACUCAACUAAAGCUCCAGGUUCAAAGACAACAAUAUAUUGAAGGAUUAAAUAAAUUGUUUUGUGAUACAGUUGAUAGAAGAUUUCCACCGUUGGCAACUGAACAUCUACGAACCAAAUUUGAAGAGUGUGUUAAAGACAUUUGCACAUUUCCAUUCCAAUCACCCUCUUACAGCUGGUCUUUGUUACAUCAAGUUGAUUGUUCAAGACAUUUUGAGUGUAGAGAAGAAUUGAAAAGAUUGAAACCAUUUAUAAGUGCAAAGAUUUCUAAUUAUUUUGGUUGUGAGUAUGAAACCUUGGCUUGGAAUAAAUCUGUAUCCAAAGAAUCAGAACUUCAUUAUCCUUUUAUUGAAUUACGUGAUGAUUGA